AUGGACAGCCGCAACAUCAAAGGAGUUGUUGUCGAGUGCGUUGCCGGCCAUUUAAGGAUUGGGAAGGGAAGGCGGAGGGCGUGGUAUUGGGCCACCGAAAAUAUUACUGAGCCUGCAAUUGUUCCUAUAUGUAAUGAUAAUCCAACUGAAGAUGAACCACCACCAUUAUCACCUUCUCUUUUAACUGAAGAAUUACAAUUGUCUCUCCAGACAACAGUUGAACAACAAGCCCUCAAUGACUCACCAGCUCCAAUAAUCGAGCAAGUAAACGUUCAUGAACCUGAAGAAACUAUAAACACACCACCUAGACUGGGCAGCAUCGGUGUCUAUAAAGAUAUUUCACCAAGACCGUCUACUAGUGCACAAGUUACUAAUGAUCGAAUAGCAUUUACUCCGGAGGCAGUAAGACCAUUACCAAAAGCACCUCCAAGGAAAUGUAAUAAAAGGCGAAAAACUAGAAAAUCAACUAUUUAUACUGAUAAACCAGAGAAAGAAGAAAUUAGAAAAGAGCAUGAAGUAAAAUUAAAACGGGCCACAGCUAAGCAAGUUAAGAAAAGAUUAGAUGGAAGGAAAGGUAAAAAAGAAAUUUCAAAAGGAAAGAAAAGAAAUACUAAGCAGGAAUUGUCGUCGGAAGCAUCAGAAGAGGAAGAAUGCUACUGUAUUGUUUACUUAGCACCAUAUUCAGAGAGCAGAUCUGGAGGGAAGUGGAUUCAGUGUACUUCGUGUAAACAGUGGGCACAUGAAGAAUGCACAGAAGGUGGUCUUAGCUACGUUUGCCAUAAUUCCGACUCUGAAUACUCCGAUUAA